AGCGCGUAACAUUGCGCUUCAGAGGAUCAUGUGACAGGUGCUUUCCUCAAAGAUCCAAGGAUUUCUCAACAUUGGCAGGAAAAAGACGAAGUAAUGUUAAAACCUAAAGCUUUGACGCAGGUUUUAAGUCAAGCAAACACCGGAGGAGUAAGCAGUACACUUCUGCUCAACAAUGAAGGGUCCCUGUUGGCAUAUUCCGGUUACGGAGACAAGGAUGCUGCAGUCACUGCCGCCAUCGCAAGCAGCAUCUGGACAUCGUAUGUGAGGAACGGAACCCAGGCCUUCAAUGAUGACAAGUUACAACAUGUCCUUGUAGAGUGCAAAGAAGGGAAGGUCGGACUCACGAAGGUGGCCAACCUGCUCCUGUGUGUGUGCUGCAAGGACAGUGUGGGAUUUGGAAUGUUAAAAGCAAAGCUGGAAGCAUUAGCCACAUACUUGGAGGAACCUCUAUCUCAAGUGGCAGCCUCCUGACAGUGGGCAGCAGGCUAGAUGUGAACAGACAGUGCUGUAUACGGCUUCUGUGACCAUCACGGUUGCUUCCUGCACCAUUCCCGGCCUUGGUGCCAGAAACAGGCUAACUCUUUGAACAAACACAACUUUGGUUUCCUCAGUAUUAAACUCCUCCCACUUCACAGUUCGAAGCAUAGGCAUGUGUACAAGUUGUUAAGCACCCAAAAACCUAUCUGUUAAAGUCAGUGAUAUGUCAGACUUUGCACUUAAGUCAUGCAAAUAGUAACAGUGAUAAUAAUCUAGGACCACCUGAAAUGUUGUUUUGCUUUCCCUAACUAUAGAAAAGUAAUGCUGUUAAUGUUUUGUGAAUACAGAUAAGGAUAUUUGACAUAUCACAUCAGAAACAUUUUGCAGUAUUUUGGCCUGUAAUAUACACUACACAAAAGAACACCCAAUUCUUUUAUAUUUAUAGCAAUAUGAAAACCCGGGUGUUCUUUUGAAUAGUAAAUGUUAGUUAAUCUCAUGCAUUGUCAGUGGUGCCAUAUUUGGUCAUACUGCUGGUGUGUAAAAGCAUGUCCUGCUGAGGCUUAAAUAAAGAAUAUGUUCUCGGGCAACAGCUUUUGAAAAAGUAGUGCGGGCGGUGGUGUUUUUUUCCCCCAUUUUGUUGACAAUAAUUUCAGCAAAAUCAUGCUGAGGUUGUGUGUUUUCGAUAAAUGGAAUAUUUAAAGAUUUUUAUAUAAGGUAGACACAAUUUUA